AGAGACUGUAAAAGAGCAGUGAUGCCCUCGUGGACACAUGUGCUGUGUAGAGCUGAUUUUCAGCUGCUGAUGGUUCAGUUUGUCUUCAGGAGCACGCCUUUAGAUAGCGUGGUUUUAAGCGGAUGGAGCACGAGGAUAUGAUGUACAUCACCAUUGAGACAGCUAUCGCCCUGGCCUCUGUGAUAGGAAAUGUACUUAUAGUGGCAGCAGUUUGUGUGAACCGGGCUCUGCGCAACACCACCUUCAGCUUUAUUGCAUCUCUGGCUGUGGCUGAUAUUGCUGUGGGACUCUUGGCUAUUCCUGUGGCCAUUGUCAUCAACUGGCAAAUCACGGUUCAGUUCUACACAUGCCUCUUCCUCUCCUGUCUGGUGCUGGUCAUCACCCAGAGCUCCAUCCUCUCCCUGCUGGCUAUAGCCAUUGACAGAUUUCUACGAAUCAAGAUUCCUAUCAGGUACAACAUCAUAGUAACCCAGAGAAAGGCAUAUGUUGCGGUUUGUCUCUGCUGGAUCCUCUCUUUCCUCAGUGGAUUUGUUCCAAUGAUGGGAUGGAAUAACUACGCCUCUGUUGGCAUCACCAAUUCCAGUGACAUAAUCUGCAAUUUCACAGCUGUCAUACCAAUGGACUACAUGGUGUAUUUCAAUUUCUUUGGCUGUGUGGUAGUGCCUUUGUCUAUAAUGAUCCUUCUGUAUUUGGAGAUCUUACGAGUGAUCUGGAAGCAGCUUAACCGCAGAGCGGAGGCCACAUGUGAUGCGAACAAGUAUUACCAGAAAGAGCUGAAGUUGGUUAAGUCACUGGCCUUGGUAUUCUUUCUUUUUCUCAUCUGCUGGCUGCCAAUACACAUCAUCAACUGCAUCACCUUAUUUGGCCCAUCAAGGAAAAUCCCCAAGCUUGUUCUGUAUGUGGGGAUUUUAUUGUCCCAUGUGAACUCGGCCGUCAACCCAAUGAUUUAUGCAUUUAGAAUAAAGACGUUCCGUCACACUAUGAUCCAGAUCACUCGCCGCUGCAUAUUCCGUAAAUUCUCAGAGCCUACCACCCCGCAUCCUUCAAGCACUCCAGGUUUUUUUUGACAAAGAAGAUGUAAAGCUGUAGCAAACUUUGCCAAGUUCAUUUCUACAUACAUAGUGGGAGUCCAUCGAUUAAAAUCCUCCAACGACACAGACCAUAGAAGAUCAACCCAUUAAAACUGACAGAAAAGCACUUAAAUGAUGCUUGGGAUGCAUUCAUGUUACUCAGGCUCUGUGCAUAAUUGAAAUAAACAAACAAAUAAAAAAACCAUUACUGUUCAGCAUGCUUUAUUGACUCAGUGAGCUGUAAAGACAUGAGAAAUAAUAUUUUAAUAAUCAUUGGAGAUGACUAUAAAAUGUAAAUUACUCAUGAAAAGGUGCUAAUUUUAUAUGAACAUCUUCUGACUGUAAAAAUAGAAUGCAUUUUUGGUACUAAAAUCUCUACAUCAGUGGGAAGUUAUAGUAAUUUCAGACCAAAAUGAAAUACUAAAAAAUA